CAUACCUGACCCAACUUUUAAACAUAUUUAAAUCUGUCCAUUUUAAUUAUUGGUGUAAUGUUACGGUUGCUUUGUGAAGCAUACCAAUAGUGUUGUAAGCCUAGAGCAUGAAUAGGCAAAAUACUGGGUCAGUAGGGAAAUGGUGUGAUGCCAGCUAUAAACUGAAUGGCAAGUUUGACUGCUAUCAAUAGUUAGCCUAGGUUAUGUUAGCAACACUGAUACCGUAACCAAGCUAAACAUUCAGGGGACAUGUUGUUUUUCUGGCAACUAGUUAGCCAUUGAAUGAGAUUUCCGCCUGAGAUAAAGAAUUUAUACAUACAAAGAAAGAAUCGCAUACUUACUUUGACUGGCGCUCGGGGUCAGAAAAGUCCUCCAUCUUCCAAGUUUCUGUGCGUGGGGCGAUUGCAGCUGAGUGCACGCGGGAUUAGGGAACUGGAUGCAUCCCCUUUGCCCCCUUUGGCCUGGAUAUCGUCGCAUUCAUGUCGGCAGUGAUCCUUCAGGUGGGCCAGUGUGGAAACCAGUUAGGCCUGGAGUGGUGCGAGCUGCUGUGCAAGACCUCUAAACAAGUAGCACACAGGUCUCCCUUUAUCACAAAAGAGGACACAUUGGCAGUAGUCUGUGUAGACAGUGAGUCCAAAGUUUUGAAAAGAGCUCAUCGACUGGUCAAGAAUAAAAAGUUACUGGAGUCCAAUGUUGUCCAAGGAAAAGGAGGCAGAGGCAACAACUGGGCUUAUGGCUACCAUGGACCCAGAGGUGCUGAGGGGGAUAAGCUGCUUCAUGGGGCCAUGGAGGCUGUGAGGAGGGAGGCAGAGAAGAGAGAUUACUAUGGCGGAACUGUGAUGGUGCAUGGUGUGAGCGGGGGUACUGGAUCUGGACUGGGCUCUCGACUUUGUGAGGAGAUCCGUGCAGAGUAUCCAGUGAGUCAUCUGCUCAGCGUGUCUGUGGUUCCCCACCAGAGUGGAGAAAGCCCUCUUCAGCACUACAACACGCUGCUCAGCCUGGAUGCACUGCACAGGUGCUGUGAUGGUAUUCUGUUGUUUCACAAUGACCAUGCCCUCAGUGGUGUCCAUCAGAACAAAGCUGUCUGUACAUCUGGACUCAGUAGUGGCGUCUCCCAAGACACACUUUCAUUCAUGAACAGACAUAUUGUAUCAUGUAUGGCUGGACUUCUCUUCCCUGUCAAUAGCCUGACAACGGCUAGUGGUCUGAGUUUGGGAAUGGAACCAUGGGAGCUGAUCCGCUCAGUGUGCCCGAUGCCCUCUGCCAAACUCCUAUCCAUCACCCAGGCCAGCUCCAGAGAAAAGCAGAAAUGGGACCGUUUGGCAGGACUCACUCUCCAAUCUGUACCACAGCUCUCUCCUGCAGGGAAAUCUUACACCAGUCGGGCAGUUCUGGCAGUGGCAAGAGGCGACCAGGACAAGUCCUUUGCAACAUCUCGUGCCCUUUACAAAUUGAAGCGAGGGCAUCGGUGUGUAGCAUGGAACCCUUUUCCCAUCGAUCAUUGGACAGAUCCAUGUAAUGAGAUGACAGGCUCAUCAUCAGGAGCUGCUCAGCUCCUCACUGUGUGCUCCAAUCAUAGCAGUGUCACGUCUCUGCUGGACCACACGCUGCGCCGCUCCAAAGAGAAGAUGGAUGUGCGAGCUUACCUGCACUGGUAUGAACGCUACGGUGUGGAGACGCAGGACUUCCAGCAGGCUAUGGACACUCUGCUGAACGUCAUGGAGGAAUAUGAUGCCCAAUGAUCAGAGGUGUCAAAAGUCAAAGUUAAAAAAAAGAAACAGUUUCCUUCCAACAUAAGUAACUUAUCUGAGUAACCAGUAUACCUGUGUACUUGUCUUGUGAUCAGCUAACUCUGCUCUGGUUGGAUCAAGUUUGUGGUGGGUCCUUGUUAGGUUUUCAGUGUUUUUCAGUUACAACACAGUCUAUCUAUCUCAUUAGGUACAAUGGUGUAAAUGGUGUAACAGCUAUGUAAUGCCAUGUGCUGGUGUUGUAAUUACACCACAAAAGUACUUUUACUUUUACUUUUGACACCUCUGCCAAUGAUGACAUCAGGGGCCUAUACUAAGAAGCUGGUUCAGGAGUAAACCAGGUUAAGUUAAGAAGUAAAUCAUCUAAUCUAAUCUAAUUAGAUGAUAUACCUCUUAACUUAACCUACCGUAGUUGACUCCUGAACCAACGUCUUAGUAUAGGCCCCAGCACAUUGCGUGUGUUUGUUAUUAUUCAGCAAGGUGUUUGACCAUGGUUUUAUACGUUUUACUUUAUAUUUUUUAUAUGGAGUGUUGCAAAUUAUUUAUAUCCAAUAAAAUACUUUAUAUUCUGUA